AUGGGCUCCUGGUUUCGCUUCGCCACUCCGCUCUACAAAAAUACAGGCUCCGUGGCCCGAGACCACCUAGCCUCGGAACGGACGUUCCUGGCCUGGAUCCGAACUGGCCUUGGCUUUGUCGCGCUCGGCAUCGCCAUCGAGCGCUUCUCGCAGCUGGACCUGACCGAGCUGCUCCCCGUGCACCAGAGGGCGGCGGAAACGCCCGAGGACAGGAAGCGGAAGCAUCAGGACAAAGUCCACUCACAGAUUCUGGUCGGCGUGCUAAUGGGGCUCGGCUCCGGCUCCAUCCUCUACGGCACCGGCCGGUACUUCUCAAAUCUGAAGCUCCUUGAGAGGGGCGAGUUCAGACCGGCGUACCACGGCGCGGCCGUGAUGGGUGCUGCUGUCGCUGGCUUGGCCGGGGGCGUGUUCGGGAGCGCCAUUGGGAGGCGCAGGCCGGAGCGUCAAGAGAUGCGACGAUGA